AUGAGGCUUUUCACAGUUGAGUCCAUUGCAGAGGCGAGUGUGAAGGCUAUUGCCAUUGAGGGUAGGCAAAAGAAGGGUAACGAAACGAAGGGGGAUUCUAAACAAACGGGAGGACACGUAGCUGAUCGUUGCUGGGAGAAGUAUCCUUAUCUGAAGCCGAAGGGAUUGAAGAAAAAGGAGGAGAAGAAAGCAUACAUGGUAGCGCAGGGUCCGAAGGAAGUUCUCGGGAUGACAGAACCCAGCAGAAAUCUCAACCUUAUGGCGAGGAAGCAGGAGUCUGAGGAGAUCAAGAGACAAGUUCAGGAGCUUUUGGAGACAAGAGUGAUUGUGCUGAGUUGUUCGCCUUGCGAGUCUCUAGUAUUGUGGGUGCCCAAAAAGGAUGGAGGUUGGCGCAUGUGCGUGGACUACCGGGCACUCAACAAGAUAACCAUUAAGAAUCGCUACCCAUUACUACGGAUUGACGAUCUCAUGGAUCAGUUGGAGGGAGCAAGCAAGACCUGGGAGGAGCAUCUUAUUCAUGUUGAAAAAGUGUUUGAAGUGUUGCAGAACGGACAGCUGAAGCUCAAUGGGAAGAAAUGCGAGUUUGGGAAGGACGAGUUGGUGUAUCUCGGCUUCAUCGUGGGGAAGGGCCAGCGAAGAAUAGAUCCCAGUAAGGUGGCGGUGAUCACAAAGUGGCCGACACCUAGGAUAGUGACGGAGGUGAGAAGCUUCAUGGAAGCUUGCCAGUACAAGAAAGGGAUGACGAAUAAGUUAGCCGAUAUGUUAUCUCGUCCACCAGUGAGGGCACUUUUGGUGGUGACGCGCAUUCAGUCCUUGGUUCCUUUAGAGUAUGUACAGAUGUACACAUCCAGCAGAGAUUUCAGCAGUGUGUUUGAGCGGACGACGACUGGUCGAAAGGGAGAGUAUGAGAUUGGUGAGGAUGGUUUGUUGUAUCGCGGAACGUCGCUUUGCAUUCCGGAGGAUGGCGACCGAUUACAGUGGAUUCGAGAAGCACAUACAUCACAUGUGUAA